ACGUCAAAGGUUCUUUGCGUAAAAAGUAUGAAUCCGAUUCGAACUUCGAACCUCAUUGAUCUUGACUUCUUUUAUGUGAAGGCAUCGCACUAUUCCGGUUCUAGCUCAAAUUUGCUUCAUUUACAUGGUUUAAUGGUUCUCUUUGUUCUACUGUAAAAAAAAAAUGGCUCUUUUUUAUGCUGUUUAUGUCAGUCAAUAGCCGGACCGAUCCGGUCUGAUUUAAACCGGAGAGGGUCGGCUCUAAUUUAAACCAUAAUCUUGUAAGAAAGAAUCAAAACCUGAACCAACCGAUGGAAAUUUCCGGACGGCGAGUGAGAAGAUUCCGAAGAGAUCACCUCGCCGGCGGCGAUAACAUUGAAAGCGAAGCCUCAUGCUGCUACUGCGAUUUCAAAAUCUCGAAUUUGAACGAACCCAUCUUCCGUCUCGGACGACGAUUCUCCGGAGUGAUGAAAGUCUGGUUCUCAAUCGGACUCGGAUUCGGCGUCGCUUCUCUAAUCCUCGUCACCGUCUUCCUGCUCCUUCAGUUUCAUCCAAACCCAUUAUUCUCCAAUCGUCUCUCUUCCGCCGUAUUUGGAUUCUCUCCUUCCACGCGUGUAUCAUUAUCCGGCAUUGCCUAUGUGUUAGUUUCCACUGUCAUUACUGUUUCAGUUCAUGAACUUGGUCAUGCUCUUGCUGCUGCUAGUGAAGGAAUACAGAUGGAAUACAUUGCCGUUUUCAUUGCAGCUAUAUUUCCGGGAGGUCUCGUAGCUUUUGAUAAUGAUGUCUUGCAAUCACUUCCAAGCUUUAAUGCUCUUCGUAUUUACUCUGCCGGUAUUUGGCAUAAUGCUGUGUUAUGUGCACUCUGCGUGUUCGCGUUGUUUUUAUUGCCUGUUAUGUUUUCUCCGUUCUACAAACACGGUGAAAGCCUCACGGUUGUGGAUGUGCCUUCUAUGUCGCCAUUGUUUGGUUACUUGUCUCCUGGAGAUGUUAUUGUGUCGUUGGAUGGCAUACAAGUCCAUAAACCUAGUGAAUGGCUUGAACUGGCAGCGAUUUUGGAUAAGGAAAACAGUGAAAAAUCAAAUGCUUCCUUGUAUCUUGGAGGUUCAAGGAGAUUUCAUCACGGGAAGGGUUACUGUGUCCCUAUCUCUCUGAUUGAAGAAGGGUUGAAAGGAAAUAUGGUUGAGAACCAAUUUGUUUGUCCCGGUGAUCUCACUGCAUUUCGAACAAUGCCAUGCUCAAAUGCAGCCCUGAGAGAGGUUUCUGUUUGUUUGGAUGCAAAGGAUAUCGUCAAGCUUAGCAAAUGUGGUGAUGGAUGGGUGACAACAUCAGACACCGAUAGCAAAAGUGACUGCGUAUGUCCACAGGGUGAGUCGUGUUUACAAGCAAUGCAAUCUCCAGGCGUAUCAUGGACAGAGAUCACCUAUAAAAAAAACUCAUCACAGAAUUGUUCUAGACUUGGUCUCGAUUUUAAUACCUCAAAUUGUCUUGGCACGUUUGUUUUUGUUGGUGAUUUGAUUGCCAUGUCACAUUCAGUUCAUUUAACCGCAUACCAACCUCGUUGGCUAUUUAACUUCUUCGGAAAGUCCUUCCCGGAUAUUCUAGAAAGAAGCUUGACCUGCACAUUCCAUGUCUCUCUUGCGCUAGUUCUUCUGAACAGCUUACCGGUGUAUUACCUUGAUGGUGAAUCAAUUUUAGAGUCCAGUCUCCAGUCUUUUACUUGGUUAAGCCCAAGAAAGAAGAAAAAAGCUCUUCAAGUAUGUCUUGUUGGAGGCAGCCUCCUCUCUUUCCUCGCCUUCUUCAGAAUCUUCCUCGUCGGUUUACCUCUGAGCCACCGAUGGUAAAUGCCCGAGGUACAACAUGAUUGUCCCACAGUUAGAGGGGAGUGCCUUGAUCCUGGAGUUGAUACAACUACACUCAGCGGGUUACAGUAACCAAACAGGAAUCAUGGAAACUUAGGAUCGUGUUGGGAUUGUUCAUGUUUGAUCUCACUGUAGAUAUAGUUGUAUAGUAUCUAAAUUAGUUCCAUACUGUGGAUCCACACCUCCUUUUGAUGAUUUGAUGGUUCACAAUUUUAUGAUGAAUCUCUCACUUUUGAUCUUUUUUGUUUAUACAUGUGCUCAUUUCGGUUUGUUUA